AUGAAGGAUGAUCAAGAAAAGCGGGGGUUUGAGGACUUCAUCGACAUUAUUGAAGAACUUACAUGUAGAAUGUCCAAACAUCAUCACAGUCACAGGAGGAUGAAGAAAAGUGAGAACUAUUGUGAUGAUUUAGCAUGGAAAUCUAAGCUCAUGACUGGUUAUGGGGUUUCAGUUGUCCUCACAGUAAAUUUAAAGGGAUGUGCAGAUUUCAGCAGUGUACAGAAGGCAAUGGAUGCUGUUCCUAAUUUAAGCCCUACUAGAACACUUAUCAUAGUUGAUUCAGGCACAUACAGGGAAAAAGUGACAAAUGACACAGCUAAUUCGACUGGAGGAACUCCAUUCAGCUAUACAAUUGCCAUUUUAUCUACCAACUUUGUAACUUAUAAUAUUAGCUUUCAAAACACGGCUCCUCCUCUAUCCCCUAAUGCAAUUGGAGCACAGGCUGUAGCACUGAGUAUUUUGGAUGACAAAGCUGCAUUUUGUGGGUGUGGAUUUUAUGAGGCACACGAUGCCCUUAAUGACGAUAGUGGGAGGCAUUAUUUCAAAGAAUGCUUCAUCCAAGGAUCCAUCAAAUUGAUUUUUGGAAAUGGAAGAUCACUUUACAAGGAUUGGGUGAUAAAUUCAAUAGCAAAAGAAGUUUCAAUAUGA